CGGAGCACGUCCGGGCAUGGCCAUGGCAUGGCAGCAGUCCCACUUGAGCUUGUGCCCUCCACCCGCCCCCGACCCGAGCAGACAAACCCAGCUGCGCGCAUCAGCCGACCCGCCCAAACCCAACCUCCCCUUCCCCGCCGCCAUAAAUAAGCUAGCCAGCCGCGGCGUCUCCGUCUCCGUGCGUGUGUUCCACUCCGCUGGUCACCUCCGCUCACUCUCGCGCGCGCGCAGGGCACUGAAGCAGCAGAGCCAAGUGGAGACGCAGCGGGGAACGACGCUCCGAUCAUCGGGAUGAGGCAGCUGAUCAGGCGGCUGUCACGCGUGGGCGACGACUCCUCCCCUCCCGCGUCGUCGUCGAAGCGGCGGGGAGGGAGCGGGAGCGGGAGCGGGAUGCCGGUGCCGGAGGGCCACGUGCCGGUGCACGUCGGGGACGGGAGCGAGACGGAGCGGUUCCUGGUGCGGGCGGAGCUGCUGGGCCGGCCGGCGCUGGCGGAGCUCCUCGGCCGCGCCGCGCAGGAGUACGGCUACGACCACCAGGGCCCGCUCCGCAUCCCCUGCUGCUCCCCCGCCGCCUUCCGCCGCGCGCUCGCCGACUGCUGCUAGCCAUCCAGCAGCCAACGGAGGGGAGCUCGGUCCGAACCAACCCCAGGCGCACGGGCCGGCCGGCUUUGGAUUUGGCCCUGUUUUCUUUUACGUUGUUAUUAUUACCGUUCGGUGUAAUGUACCACCUGAAACGACGCGUAGUGUACUACGUAGAGUACCAGUAGUUGUAACUCUACAGAACUGGAAGGCUACUGGCUUAUGGAGCGCUCUGUAGUUUCCCUUCAAAUUCGGUGCUGCUUGUCUCCCUUCCGUAGAGUGUAAAUGCUUCGUGUGUUGCCUGGAAAAAUAUGGCGUCGGAGAAAGUGGCAAAGCAAUGACAGUCUAUAGAGAGAAAAAAAAUACGAAAAUCAAUCU